CUGGUUUGUGCUGUGCACGUCACGACCUCUCAGUUAGAUGUAGGGGAGCUGGGGGGGGGGCCAGAUCACAUCAAAACAAACUUCAGGGGUCAGGGUUAUAUAGACCCUGGUCUGCCACCUGGUAAGGAGGCCUUGCUGGGUGGAAAGAAAUAUGACGAGCGGGAAGAGCCUGCUGCUUAAGGUGAUCCUGCUGGGGGACGGUGGUGUGGGCAAGUCCUCCCUUAUGAAUCGUUACGUUACAGACCGCUUUGACUCCCACUCCUUUCACACCAUCGGCGUGGAGUUCCUGAACCGGGAUCUGGAGGUAGAUGGGCGCCUUGUCACUCUUCAGAUCUGGGACACAGCGGGCCAGGAGCGCUUCAAGUCCCUGCGCACGCCCUUCUACCGAGGUGCAGACUGCUGCCUGCUCACAUUUGCUGUGAACGACCUGCAGAGCUUCCAAAACCUUGGCUGCUGGAAGAAGGAAUUCAUGUUCUACUCGGAUGUGAAAGACCCUGAACGGUUCCCUUUUGUGGUACUGGGCAAUAAGGUAGACAUGGAGCAGAGGGUGGUGGGGUCCGAGGAAGCACGGGCGUGGUGUGAAGAGAACGGCUGCUGCCCUUACUUUGAGACCAGUGCAAAGGAUGACACUAAUGUCACAGCUGCAUUUGAGGCAGCUGUGCGGGAGGUUCUGGCUGCUGAGGACCAGAUUGACCAUGCACUUCUGAGUAGUACUAUCGAUCUACAUGGCAACCGCAAAACUCCUCGUACAUGCUGCUGAUUAGUCAGGUAUAAUUCUGCCUUGUCUUCUCUCUUGCAUAAUCUUGCACAUGGCAGUUUUCAGGGCCAGUAAGAUAUUGUUUAUGGUACACAUACUGUAGGUGCAAGGCACUGUGCACAGUAUCACCUAAAGAUAAUAUGGAUAAGAUACAGCUGCUCUGAAAAGGGCUAUGGUCAAGGAUACAACUGUUAUGUAGAUUGUUAAAUGACUGCUCUUACAAAGGUACAGGCACACUGUAACAGGCACACUCAUUCUUUUUUACUCUGUCCGCUUUCAGUAGUGUUGCACGUAAACAUUUUUUACAUAGCGUCAGCUUUGUCUGCAUUUGCAGGAGUUGUAUCAAAUUGUGUUUUCAGAGCAUUUAUCUGUUUGAAAUAAUACAUAUUUUAGUUAACACAGUAGACAAGAGAAUUUAAUGAUCCUCGCUUAAAUAGCACACUUUACAUUCUGGCACUGCGGCGUACAGUUGUACUCCUCAACACUCUGGCCAUGAACAGAUUUUCCCCAGGUUUUAGAGCCACUUUGAAUACAACAUCACAUCUUCCUCUUAUCAGAUAUUUGAGCAGAAGUGGAGAGUUAAUGUAUUUUCUGGACCCAGAGGGUUUCUGUGAGUGACGGUGUUACCAACCCCGGAAAGAUUAGAGACGCUUUGAAAUUUCCAGCGUCAGUACAGCCCCGUUUCCAGCAAGCGGUCAGGUUUGGUUCAGUGCACUUUGGUACGGCUUGAUAAGGUAAAUCUGAUCUUGCUUGCGUUUCCACAGCCAACCGUACCUUUACACAUCACUCAAUCAAAGCGGCGUGACAAAGUGUAGACAGCCAAUAAAUUCAACAAAGAAGAAGAACGCACAGUAAAUAAAGAUCAAUGAUUCCUUGGAAGGUCUGCACCUCCGAGGUCGUCCAUUGGGCAGAGCUACGCGUUGACAUUGGUCCCAAAGACAGCCUUGAAUUGACUCUCUCCAAACCACAGGACUUUUAAACAUGGUGCGUUUUGUGUUUGUCAUUUAUUACCGCUGCGGCACAGGAAGUGAAGAUUCUUUCAACCAAUCAAUGGACUGCAGUGUGUCUUGCGCCAACAUUUAGGGUCGUAUCGGUACGCUUGGCACACCAACAGAAGGCUACCAAAAAAAGUAGGACGGUACAGAUCAGCUAUUUUUGAAAGUGGAAACAUCAAUAAAUGUGAACCGAACCGAACUGAACCUGACUGCUUGGUGGAAAAGGGGCUUUAAGAUGACCAUACAAGUUAAAUGAUUUCUGCAUUCAAAAGGGAGACAACAAUGAUUUUUUUUGGGAUAUAAAGGGAAAGCUUUAAUUUUGCUGAUCUGACUGUAUGCAUUGGUACAAGCUAUUGUGGUGAUUUUAUUUUGUUAAAUCCGUUCUCACCGCACUGCUCGGUAGCAGGAGAUGUCAUGUUUACUAUUGAAGUAUUAUCUGAUCAUUUUAAUUUCCAAUGAUUUAUGUCUAUUGAUCUGUUUACUGAGUUAAGAAGGUCCUUGAAGUUUAAAAAGUAAUACUGCUUUUGCAAUUCUCAUUGAUAUGCUGCUGUUUUUUUUUUGUGAAGCAUGUUUUCUUCACCAAACAUGCUGGGUUUUCUUUUCAUACUGAAAGAGUGAGAUUAAUUGUUAGAUCAAGGGCUGAUUUAAGUCUGUUUUCUGAUGUAAGAGGGUUUUUUUUUUUUAAACAAUUUCAAUUAACAGUCAUUUUUAUAAUUAUGUCAUACAUGUAGUUUAAAGGCCUUAACAUUCCAGUCCUUCACUUGUUCCGUUUCAUUGUUAUCCUCCUCUGCUUGACUGGUAUAUUACAUGCGCCUUGUGCCGUCAGUCUGCUCCACUCUUGGUCUCAGCUGAAUAUGAAAUAGUCUGAGCACAAGGAUACGGCUGUUAGGACUACUAAUGUGUGCAUUGUGCAUCACCUCUCCUCUCCGUUUAUGCAGUGUCGAAGGAAACAUACAACAGAGUAUUCUGAGAACUUAACAAUGUUUGUUUCAGCUGGAUGGUACGUUUUUCUUUCAGUGUUUUUGUCAUUGAAAAACAUUACAAUGUAUUACUGUUAUCAGCCAGGGGGCAUUGUUGUUCGCCUGGAUGGUUCGAGAAAAUAAUGUCUGAAAUUCAAUGAUUCAAACUGAGGUAAGAAAUGUAAAAGAAAAAAUAAUUCACAUCAGAUUUUAGAUUGCUUCUGGAGUUUAUUAUCAAAACGUCCAUGCCUGCUUGAUAAAUAAGUUAAUUUAAAUUCUGAUUGCACAAAGUCUUUAUGGUUCAAACUUAAUGCUAUGGUCUGUAUGUUGGAAAUAGUUUGUAUUCCCUUAGCUGGGGAUCACUAUUUAUGCCUUUAAAUUCAAAGUAUGUGUUCUACUCAGCGUAUGUGCAGACCAAUGGUGAAUAUAACAGGAGCUUCACUGUGAAACUAAACCAAAAGAAAUCAGGUACAUUUAUAUUUACUUUAUUAACAUGGUUCUUUUGGUUUAUAAAAUGCUUCCAAUCAAUCUAUACGAUUAGUGUUCAAGUUUACCAGGUGGGCUGAGUACUUUUGAGAGAAUCUGUACUAACUGUGAAGGGAGUAGGGCAUUUGAUCAAAAUCAAGCUGGUAUCCUACAUUAAUUCAAAGCUAAUAUGAGGGCUGUUAGUUUAUUUGUCAGCAUUGAUAAUAUCUGGAUUAAUCAACUUUCUGUACCGUUUGUUUUUAUCUUAUUCUUGUAAUGUAGCCUAUCAGACGGUUUACCUAAAAUGUAACUCACCUGAGAACCAGAGGGUACUUAAACGAUGGUAGCAUAACCCUGCAGUAUGUUGCUAACAUGAUGCUGUCUUAUAAUCACUGCAACCCAGUCUAAUAUCAGUAUUUUGUUCAUUGUUUCUGUAAUAUUUAUGAAUGUAAAAACACGUUUCUUUGGGCUGUCCAUAUUAAUGGCUUAUGUACAUUGCUUUUAUUUAGUAGAAAAUGACACUGAACGUCUGCUUCACUCUCAGUGCUCAAACUCAUCAGUGUGAUUAAAGCCGUGUGAAAGCUAGACUGUUCAUCCUGAUUAUGUGUUGAUCUAAUGGAGAAAUCCUUUUUUUUUUUUUUUUGCACUGCGGAGAAUAAGACUGGGUGUGCCAACAUGCUGGCAAAGUGGUACAUACUCUCCAGUGCUUGGCUACUAAUAAAACAUGCAACAAACCAAA